GGAGAACGGUGAGCAGUGCACAUUUCAGCACCUGGGAGCUGUCCGUUGUGUACGAGCCAGCCGACAACUGACGGUGAGGAUGGCCAAGGUGAAGCAGGUGGGCUUGCUGGCAGCAGGAUGUCAACCCUGGAAUAAAGAUGUGUGUGCUGCUAGUGGAGACCGCUUCGCCUACUGUGCUACAUUGGCCAUAUACAUUUACCAGUUGGACCAACAAUACAAUGAAUUUAAGUUGAGAUCUAUCAUGUCAGAACACAAGAAGACCAUAACAGCUAUCAGCUGGUGUCCUGACAACCCCGAUUUGUUUGCAUCAGCUUCUGCUGAUAACCUGCUCAUCAUAUGGAAUGUAACAGAGCAAAGGGCUGUAGCAAGGCUGGACAAUACUAAAGGUGUCCCUGCAUCAGUCAGUUGGUGCUGGAACUCAGCUGACGGAGUGGCGUUUGUCUCCCAGCGUGGGCCACUGUAUAUCUGGGUCUAUGGAGGUCCUGACCCUGGGGUUACAGUGCAUAAAGAAGCCCACUCCUUCCUAUCUGAUAUCUGUCUCUUCAGAUGGCACCCCAGCAAGAAGGGCAAACUGGUGUUUGGACACACAGAUGGCAGUCUAUCUAUCUUUCAGCCAGGGAAUAAAAGCCAAAAGCAUGUGUUGCGUCCAGAGUCGUUAGAGGGGACGGAUGAAGAGGAUCCAGUUAGUGCUCUGGAAUGGGACCUUUUGUCAACUGACUAUUUACUAGUGUCUAACCUCCAUAAUGGGAUCAGGCUGGUGGACAGCGAGGCCUUGACAUGUAUCACGUCCUUCUGCUUCCCCUCAGCUGCUGCAUCAGUUCAGUGUCUGGCCUGGGUCCCCUCUGCACCAGGCAUGUUCAUCACUGGAGACUCCCAGGUUGGAGUAUUGAGGGUAUGGAAUGUAUCUCGCUCCACUCCUUUGGACAGCUUUAAACUGAAAAAGACCGGAUUUCAUGCUCUGCAUGUCCUCCAAUCCCCUCUUGUCAAGAAAGCUCCAAGUUCCUGUUCUCCCAGUAAAAGUCAAUACACCAGUUCCACCAGUGAGGCGGUACCUCCCCCAACUCUGUCACAGAACCGCUCCUUCUCUCUGCCUCCUGGCCAUGCUGUGUGCUGCUUCAUGGAUGGAGGGGUGGGCCUCUAUGACAUGGGUGCCAAAAAGUGGGACUUCCUACGAGACUUGGGUCAUGUAGAGACUAUCUUUGACUGUAAGUUUAAGCCAGAUGAUCCCAACCUGCUGGCAACAGCUAGUUUUGAUGGAACCAUCAAAAUCUGGGACACAAACACACUAACAGCUGUUUACACCUCCCCGGGAAAUGAAGGAGUGGUUUACUCCCUGUCCUGGGCGCCAGGAGACCUGAAUUGCAUUGCAGGAGCGACAUCUCGAAAUGGAGCAUUCAUCUGGGAUGUCAGGAAAGGAAAGAUCAUCACUCGCUUUAAUGAGCAUGGUAAGAAUGGUAUAUUCUGUAUAUCAUGGAGCCAUAAGGAUUCCAAGAGGAUCGCCACCUGUAGUGGAGACGGAUUCUGUAUCAUUCGGACCAUUGAUGGUAAAAUCCUCCAUAAGUACAAACAUCCUGCUGCUGUGUUUGGCUGUGACUGGAGCCAGAACAACAAGGAUAUGAUAGCCACAGGCUGUGAGGAUAAAAAUGUUCGGGUAUACUACCUGGCCACCAGCUCUGAUCAGCCUCUGAAGGUCUUCACUGGGCACUUAGCUAAAGUAUUCCAUGUUCGCUGGUCUCCACUCAGAGAGGGAAUACUGUGUUCUGGAUCAGAUGAUGGUACUGUUCGUAUAUGGGACUACACACAGGAUGCAUGUAUCAAUGUGCUGAGUGGUCAUACAGCUCCAGUCAGAGGCUUGAUGUGGAACACAGAGAUUCCUUACCUACUCAUUUCAGGUUCUUGGGAUUAUACAAUCAGAGUGUGGGAUACAAGAGAUGGCACAUGUCUAGAUACAGUUUUUGACCAUGGAGCUGAUGUCUACGGUUUAACAUGCCACCAGAGUCGUCCGUUCACCAUGGCCAGCUGUAGUAGAGACAGCACAGUCAGGCUGUGGUCUCUCACACCGCUCAUCUCUCCACUGCUGUUGAACAUCCUCACUGAUCAGCCUUGGGAAAAGAUCAUUGGAAACACAGACACAGCAAUGGUUCCUGGCUGCCCUCCACUGCUCUGUGGUAAAGUGUCUCGAGACAUCAAACAGGAGCUUGACAAACUGAGCUUAGACAUCAAGGCCAAGAAGCUACGCUGGUUCUCCGAAUGCUUUUUGCCUCCAGGAGGCAGCAGUAACCUGUGGGACCUGGUGUCAGUCAUUAACGGCCAGGACGACUCAUUGCUACCAGCCAGCUACAGCAAAGGAGUGAUGCACAUGAAGCACCUGCUCAAGUUUAAAACAUCUGAAGCCCAGGAGCUGACAAUAGUCAAGAUGUCUAAAUUUGGAGAAGGUAUCGGAGCUCCUAGUAAGGAGGAGAGGCUGAAAGAAGCAGCAGACAUCCAUCUGAGACUGGGACAAAUUCAACGAUACUGUGAAUUAAUGGUGGAACUGGGACAGUGGGAGAGGGCUUUGUCUGUGGCACCAGGAGUUUCCAUGAAAUAUUGGAAGAAGUUAAUGCAGAGGAGAGCUGACCAGCUGAUGGAUGAGGAUAAUGAUGAUGCUAUCCCAUAUUGCAUUGCCAUAGGAGACAUAAAAAAAGUCGUAACUUUCUUCACUGGCAGAGGACAAUUGCUUGAAGCCUUACUAAUAGCACAGGGAGCAUGUGAAGGGAACAUCCGCGCACCUCAAAGCUCCCCAGUCAAUCACACAACUAACGAUGUGGAUAACAGACAACAAUACCAGGGUCUCCUCCAUAAGGUAUGUAAGGAGUUGGCUGAGUGGUACUUCCAGGAUGGGUGUGCUGUCCUGGCAGCCUGCUGUCACCUAGCUGUUGACAACAUCAAGUUAGCCAUGUCAAGUCUGAUCCGAGGUAAUGAGUUGGAGUUGGCUGCAUGCGUGGGUAUUGUCCUAGGAGAGGUAGCCAAUCAAAGCACUGCCUACUGCCUUGAACUUCUGGCCAGGAAGUACAUGACCACAGCCACAAGGGAGCUCUUAGCUGACCUAAUCCGAAUGAUUCCUGACAACUACAUUUUAUUGGCUAAGUUGUGUGCAUUUUACCCAGGAAGUGCUGCUGAAAUCAACCACUUACAUGAAAGAUGCGGUCUCCCUUCAUUAGAAGAGUGUAAGCCCUUGGCAGAGGCAGCCGUGUCUGAAGGAGAUUUGUUUUCAGCAGUUAAAUUCCAUCUGUUGAGCUCCGAACCCGAGAAUGCACUUCAGAUAGGCCUAGAUCAUGUUAAAGAACAGCUGGUUAAACCUGAAUGGACGGUGGACAGUGUUCAGCCAAUCCUGGAUCUGAUGAGUUACAUCAGAACUGAUCGACUCAUCAUGGCCAAGUUGACUGAAGUUCGCAGUGAGCUCUUGAUCCUGUGUGGUUAUAUUGGAGGUUUGCUCGCCAUUCGAAGACAAUACUCCAGCAUUGUACCUGCACUCUACGAAUACACGAGUCAGUUGCUGAAGCGGAGGGAGGUGUCUGUUCCUCUAAAGAUUGAGCAGUUGUCUGUGGAGCUGGAUGCCUGGCGGGUCUGCACACAGAUUAACAGCAACCCUCCUUCAGAAUGUCAAAGGCAAGAGUUCAAGUGCCUUGAGAAGAGGAUCCAGCCAACAGACUCAACUGCAUUGGGUCUGCAUGGAGCUGACUAUGUGACAGGCUCCAAUCUGCCAAGCCACUCAGAUGUUCAGCUGUCCUGUUUCACUGGACACAAAAUACAGGGUCCAGUGUUUAUGCUGGAAGAUGGCAAAUCAGCAAUCUCCCUUAAUGAUGCUCUAAUGUGGGCCAAAGUCAACCCCUUCUCCCCACUGGGAACAGGACUACGCAUCAACCCCUUCUAACACAUUCACACACACAUUUGUUUUCAUUUUUUGUGGGGACUUUAAAUUGAUUACAUUAAUUUCCUGCAGACUUGUGCUAACUUUAAUCAUAACCACUACUUGCCUAACACUGACUAUUUCUCAUCUAACACUGAACCAACUUUUAAAAAAACUAAUAAUAAAUACAAUCAUUUACAUGGUACGGACAUCUGGUCCCCAUGACAGCCACAAGUCCUCAUAAUGUUAGUGUGUAAACCGGUUGUGGCACAGUGUGAUUAAUGCCAGACGCACACACGCACACAAAAAAGACAUUCCAAGAAAAGGGUUUACAGAUUGGAAGGAAAAAAGAAUACAAAGCCAGAGGGUGGAGUGUAGUAAUGGAAAGAAAAAUAACAUUGCGGAGUUUCAGCUAAGUGGCCAAGUGUGUUUCAUAAAUUACUGAGCCAGUGACAUUACCAGACAAUAUAUCUGUGAUUCUGGGAGGGUGAUUCACUUCCCUACAACCUCAUGGCUUUGGUAGAUUUUGGGUCUGGUUAGCUUAGCUCUUGUGAUGAAAACAUAGCCAUUAAUGCUUCGUUUGUGAGGGGGGAUUCAUAUUAAAUGACAUAUGCAGGUCACUUGGUUUGACUGGCUCUUUUCUUCAGCUGACGGUUUCUCAGAUGAAUGAGCAUGUAUAUACAGGGUAUAAAUCUGAAUGACUUUCUUUUGUUGUUAAAAUAAAUAUCGGAAUA